AGAGAGAGAGAGAGAGGUGGAGACGGAGAGUAACAUUCCUGACCAGACAGCACACUGGCGGUAGGCAGCCCAAGAGCCACAGAGAGAGGUGUAAUUACUGAAUAAAGAACAAAAGCGCAGCCACCAGGCACAGCUGGUUCCAAGCCGGUGCUGUGGUUCAACAGCAGCAUAGAAAAAACCUCAUGGAUGACUUGGAGAGGAGAGAGGAGAAGGACUGUGCACAUGGAGACAGCGACACAGUGACUGGGGAUCCUGAUGCCUCGGGCGGAUACGAUAGUGAUGUUCCACUCCCCUCAGUGUCCGAGCUGAGACAGUGUGAGCUGGAAGUGGGGGCACUGCUGCAGAUCAUCUCAGAGCUCAACGCAAAGAUGGGCUCUCUGCAAGCCCCAAGGGAUGGUGAUGAAUGUGAGGGCCGAGUCAGCUGCUCCACCCCAGACUUCCCCCCCAGCCCCGGACCACUGCUCCGCCCAGUGGAAGAGCCUGGCAUCAGGACUUCAGCCCCAGUGACCAAGAGAGGAGACAGCGGGGAAGUCUGGGCCGAGCUGCAGGAGGCUCUGUCCACCCUGGAGAGGUCGGCGAACAGGGAGAGGUCCUUGGUAACCGUUCCUCAGCCGCUGCGGGAUGAGGAGACGCGAACGCGGCACCUCAGCGCGGCUCAGGAGAGCUGGGUGAAGGUCACCCAGGUGCUGGAGGAGAUGGAGCGCGAGCUGGGCUUCUCCUACCGCUCCGCUCUGCCCUCCGAGGAGAGGCAGCGCUACCAGCGCGACGUCCUGGAGCUCCACCGGCACAACGGCAGCCUCCGCUCCGCCCUCCAGAGCAGGCAGCAGGAGCUGGGCCUGUCCGACAGCGCGCUCCACGACAUGGAGGACGAGAAGAAAAAACUACAAGAGAAGCUGCUGGUGCUGAAGCGUCGGUGGCUGGUGGCCGGCAGCCUGUCCCCUCCCCGCAGCCCCUCCAGCUCGUCCAGCGGAGCGGUCAGCCCCUCCUGGGCCUCCCCUCCCUUCCCGGGCUCCCCCCUCCUCCUGCGCAGGCACGUGGCUGCCUUUCCAGCCGUUUCCACGGGGGGCGACGUCUCACCGUCCAGCGGCUGCCCGAGCCCGAGCCCGAGCCCAGUGCUGCCCGGCAGCCCCAGUCUGGAGUCGGAGACAGACCGUCUGCAGAGGUGUCUGGAGAGGCUGAAGGCCCGAAACGAACGCCUCUCAGCCGCUCUGGAGAGACGGAAAGGAGAGUCGGAGCAGAUCAGCAUGGCUCUCAGCCAACACGAGGCUGACAACACCGCCCUGCAGAUGGCCCUCCGAUACUGCGCGGAGUGCGAGGAGACAUACGCCGAUCUCCUGGGGCUGUACCAGCGGCGGAGAGGGCAGGGGACUGCCCAGGCGACAGGUGCGUCAGGCUUGCGCUGUGUUCUCCACUGCGUCAGCGAGGGAAAAGGCAGACAGCUAUCCAGCCCCCAACCAGAGUUUGAAAAACUGCCGACUAACACAUCAACAGCAGAGGGCGCUAUGCAGAGGGGAAAACCCUCACACACCAGGUUGGCGGCUGAAGAUUUCUCUCAGCAGACGGAGAGUCUGAAGGAGAAGAUCACCGGGCUGAGGCAGGACAGGGCUGCUCUGCGCAUCCCAGAGCAAGGGCCCGUGGGCGGGGGGAAGAUGAGCCCGGACACCGGGACCCUAGCGGGGCCCAGGGGCCACAACACCACCGCCAGCCCCAGAGGAGAGAAGGCCGCGCUGCUGUACGAGCUGGUCACUGUUAGGGAGGAAAUGUCCGAGCUGCGUGGGGCCAUCCGUCUGACGGAGAAGGAGAAGAGAUGUCUGGAGUGGACACUGAUGGCCCAGAGGGCCCAGGACGAGGCCGGAGCCCUGCUGCUGGACAGCCUGAAGGAGGAGCUGGAGGAGAGGAGCAUGGAGCAGCAGAGGGUGUCCAAUACCAGGGAGCGAUCUAACAGUGGAGGGGGAAUCCCUGGCCCCAGGAACCGCACCAUAUUCCGUGAGCUGCAGGCUGUCCUACAACGAGAGCAUCUCAUGAAGAGGAGGGUGACCGCCCUGCGGGACUCUCUGGACACCAAGCUGUCGGACGGCACGGCGCUCAGGCGGCAGAGUGACGAGGAAGCAGCCCGUCUCACCGACGCACACAGUAAGAUCUCCAACAUGUACAGGAAUGCUCGUCGGAAGCACCGCGAGCAGAUCUGGAGGCUGGAGAAGCAAAUGGCCGCCCUGUCUGAGCGUCACAUGACUCAGAUCACAGAACUCCAGGCCACCCUGGAGAACCUCGAGGACAGGAGAGAGGAGACUGUGCUGUGAGAGAGCGAGCACGACAAGACAGAAAGAAAGAAAGAAAGAAAGAAAGAAAGAAAGAAAGAAGGAGUUUGGAAAGGUGGCUUACCACUCAACAGAUGUUAGAUGAUAAAUGAGCUGUGCAUGUCAGUGUAAAUACAGCUUUGGAUUAAGAGCACCCUCUGAUUGUUUGUAUGAGUUGAAAUUAAACAAAGUUUUAAUAGACAGGGUCAUGUCAAGGCAAGUCCUGUAAGUGCUUUCCAAUAAAUGCAGUGUGAACUUUCAAAGGGCGCCAAAUAAUGAGGUAUCUCUCGUG